AUGACGGUUACACUUGGAGACAAGGGCGAGAGUGAUGGUGGUGGUGAUACAAAAGAAGAAAAGAAGGAUACAAGCUUCAAAUAUUAUCUGCGCGUCUUUACUUACAACGAUCGCUUGGGAUGGGUCCUCAACGGUGUCGCAUUUGUCUGCAUGGUUGCCGCAGGCACAAUUCUGCCCCUGAUGGAUCUUGUUUUUGGAAAAUUCAUCAACGUUUUUACCGAUUUUGCUACUGGAUCAUUAUCUCCUGCUGGAUACCGAACUGAGGUCAGCAAGUACAGCUUGUACUUUGUCUAUCUUUUUAUUGCGAAAUUUGUUCUGACAUAUAUCUGGACAAUACUUGUUUCCAUCGCAGCCAUCAAUACAACAAAAUCGCUCCGUGUUGACUUUGUCAGGAGCACUCUUCGCCAAGAGGUGUCAUUUUUUGAUUCUCCCGCAUCUUCAAUCCCCGGGCAGAUCACGACCAAUGGAAACCUCAUCAACCAAGGAAUCUCUGAAAAGUUUGGUAUUACUAUUGCAGCCCUUUCGACCUUCGUCUCUGCCUUCAUCGUGGCGUUCGCAGUCCAAUGGAAGCUCACUCUGAUCGUACUUGCCAUCAUCCCGGUAAACCUCGUCGUCACUAUCAUCUGCGUGGCUAUCGACACCGGCUACGAGUAUGCAAUGUUUGACGUCUACUCGAGGUCUAGUUCUUUGGCUGAGGAGGCUUUCUCGACUAUUCGUACAGCCCACGCUUUCUGGGCCUUCCCAAAGCUGUCAGAACGAUUUACAAGCACGCUACAAGAAGCAAGGAGAAUUGGACACAAGAAGUCUUGGGUGUAUAUGAUUCUGUUCCCCACUGAAUUCUUUUGUAUCUUUGCAGGUUAUGGUCUGGCCUUUUGGCAGGGGAUGAGGAUGUACUCCGAGGGCGAGAUCACGCAGCCAGGUACCGUCGUAACUGUCAUAUUUGCUAUUCUCGUUGCUGCUACAGCACUUACUCAGAUUGCACCCCAGACAAUAGCCAUCUCCAAGGCCACUGCUGCUGCGCAAGAGAUGUUCGAAAUGAUUGACCGCAGGUCGCAAAUCGAUCCAUUAUCCCAAAAAGGCGAGACCAUACCUGAUUUCAAGGGCGACAUCCAAUUCCGUGGGGUCAACUUUGCCUACCCUUCCCGUACUAACGUGACGAUUCUUCGCUCACUGGAUCUUGACAUUCCUGCUGGUCGAACAACAGCGCUUGUAGGUGCCAGUGGAUCCGGAAAGAGCACUGUAUUUGGACUCUUGGAACGAUGGUAUAUGCCGAUCAGUGGGUUGAUCACGCUCGAUGGACGCCCUGUUGAGAAUCUAAACAUACAGUGGUUACGGACAAAUAUCAGAAUGGUUCAGCAGGAACCAACCUUAUUUAGUGGUACCAUUUAUCAAAAUGUCGUCGAUGGUUUGACUGGUACGUCCUUGGCCGACCUUCCGGAAGAUGAGAAGCAGAGGAUGGUCAUCGAAGCCUGUAAAUCCGCCUACGCCCACGACUUCAUCGAGACACUGCCCAAGGGCUACGAUACUUGGAUAGGCGAAAGGGGAGCGUCGUUAUCCGGUGGCCAGAAACAACGUGUAGUUAUCGCUCGCAGCAUUAUUUCUGACCCCAAAGUUUUGAUGUUGGAUGAAGCUACUAGUGCUCUUGACCCCAACGCCGAAAAGAUCGUACAAAAAGCUCUUAAUAAUGUCGCCAAAGGUCGAACAAUGAUUGUUAUCGCGCACCGACUGUCUACAAUUCGUGAUGCUGACAACAUCAUCGUCAUGGCCAAGGGCGAAACAAUCGAACAAGGAUCCCACGACGAACUGCUCCAACGAGGCGGCACAUACUCGCGUUUAGUCCGCUUACAGGACCUUGGCAAGGGCAGUACAUCAUCAGAUGAUGAGAACAAAGACACAGUGGAAGAAGAGGCAGAUGCUCGUCUUGAUCCUGUCUUGUCCCGCGCUUCCCAACAUGCUGAAGCGGAUGUUACACAAAACGAUGCAAUUAACUACGGACUUUUGAAAGGACUCUGGCUUGUAAUUAGAGAACAAAGACCUUUAUGGUUCUCUGGUUUCAUUCUAGUCGUCAUUUCCGGUUUAGGAGGCGCAACAUAUCCAGCGCUCGCUAUUCUCUUCUCGAGAACCAUGAAGGCAUUCGAGACUAUAGAUGUUGGCGAUGCGAACUUCUUUUCGUUAAUGUUCUUUGUGGUCGCCCUUGCCAACUUUGUCAUAUAUGCCGUGGCUGGCUGGGUCUGCAAUGAGAUCGGCCAACACAUAAUGACGGUAUAUAGAAGUGAGCUUUUUGAUAAUACUCUCCGACAAGACAUGAGCUUCUUCGAUGACCCGGACCGCGGAACUGGUGCCCUUGUCUCAAGAUUGGCCGCUGAGCCCACUAGUCUCCAGGAAUUACUGUCCAUGAAUUUAUCACUCAUCAUGAUCAACAUAGUUACAGUCCUAUCAAGCUCCGUACUCGCGAUCGCCUACGGCUAUAAGUUGGGCCUGGUCCUCACACUUGCCGCCCUACCAGUGCUAGUUGGCUCGGGAUAUGUCAGAAUACGACUUGAAUACAAGUUCGAUGACGAUACUGCUGGGAGAUUCGCCAAAAGCAGCGGUUUAGCUUCAGAAGCUGUACUGGGUAUACGGACUGUUUCCUCGCUAGCAUUGGAACGAGCUGUCAUCGAGCGUUAUAGCAGUGCCCUCGAAGGUCUUGCAAAAGAGGCGAUCGGAAGCCUAGGUUGGAAGAUGCUGUUUUACUCCUUCAGCCAGUCAGCAUCUUUUCUUGCCAUGGCACUCGGCUUUUGGUAUGGCGGGCGUCUAGUGUCUACUGGUGAGUAUACCACUGAUAAAUUCUACGUAAUUUUCAUCGCCGUUGUCUUCUCUGGAGAAACAUCAGCGAUGCUGUUCCAGUACACUACGAGUAUCACAAAAGCACGGACAGCGAUCAACUACAUAUUCGAGCUUCGGCGCCAAAAGGUGCUUCACGACGAUGUAGGGAAUGCUCCUGGCUAUGAGAAGACCCCGCAUGGGAAGGGCAUCGACAUUUCUUGCCAAGAGCUCACUUUUGCGUAUCCUCGUAGACCUAAAUUGCCGGUGCUUCGAGGUGUGGACAUCAGCAUCGAGCCCGGUAAGAUGGUGGCUCUCGUCGGAGCGUCUGGAUGUGGCAAGUCAACUAUGAUUGCACUACUUGAACGGUUUUAUGACCCAACCAGUGGCACGAUAAUGGCGGAAAGUCAAGAUAUUAGCACAAAAGAUAGACGAUUACACAGACGCGAUAUCGCUCUUGUUCAACAGGAGCCGGUUCUGUAUCAGGGUUCGAUCCGAGACAACAUAUCCCUCGGCAUUGAAGAGGGCAACCCGCCUGACGACGAUAUCAUUAAGGCUUGUAAACAAGCCAACGUCUAUGAGUUUGUGUCCUCUCUCCCCGAAGGCCUCGCCACUUCUUGUGGCAAUCAAGGACUCUCGCUCUCAGGUGGCCAACGCCAACGCAUCGCCAUUGCCCGCGCUCUUGUUCGAAAGCCCCGUUUGUUGCUUCUUGACGAAGCCACCAGUGCCCUUGACGCAGAGAGCGAGAAGGUAGUCAAGGAGGCGCUGGAUCGAGCAGCCGAGGGAAGGACGACAGUCGCUGUCGCACAUCGACUAAGCACGAUCCGGGAGGCGGAUACCAUCUGCGUAUUUUCUGGUGGGAAAAUCGUCGAGAGAGGGAGACACGAAGAACUUGUUGCGAGGAGGGGGCUGUAUUAUGAGAUGGUUUUGGGCCAGUCUCUAGACAGGGAGGCAUGA